AUGCAAAGCCCUCGCGCAAAAGAAGGGCGGGAUGUCGGGUUUGCGGGGAGAAGCGCGAUCUUGUUUGCGAUGGCGACAGUGAGCAAAGCGAUAGAGCCCAUCUUGAUUGACCUGUCGCAGUCGCACUCCAAGAAUGCGAGCAUGGGGUAUGAGUACUCCUUGGCUUCAGCGAUGGCCAUGGCAGAGCUGAUGAAAGCGUUUCUAUGCUUUAUAUCUCUUCUUGCCGUCAGAAAGAAGUGCCUGCAGCUGGCAGAAAUUGAUCUCAAGGAGUCUCGAGCCUUCGCUGCUCCUGCUGUCAUGCUCGCCAUUGCAAACCAGACGCUCUUCGUGGGCAUCUCAUACCUCGGUGCGCUCUUUAAUCAGAUUGCGAGGAAAGCGGUUUGCAUCAUGGCUACGGCAAUGUUGUCGCAGAUGGUGUUGGGGCACUGGUUGUCGAGGAAGCAGAAGGUGAGCUUGGUGCUGCUGACUGUCGGGUUUUGCCUCCUCGUGCCAAACAUCGACAACAUGGAGAGACGGAUCGAUCCCCUCGCUCUCCUCUUCAACCCGGGGUUCAUCGCGGCUGUGUUUGGAGGAUGCUGCACGGCAGCGCAGGGAGUUUACUUUGAACGAGCCUCCAAGUCGCAAGAUCAGAGCGUCCUGAUCCAGACGAUGACUUGCUCCCUCUACGGCUUCGUCGCUAACGGCACUCUCCUCAUCCUCAGCAGCACCAACGCCAUCUUGAUGGGGAGCGAGGAGCAUUCGCUCAACCUCUUCAAGGGUUACACGUGGCAGACGCUCAUGGCGAUCACAAGCAUUGCUCUCGCCGACAUGGCCAUGGCGCUGGUCUUCAAGUUCCUCGAUGCCACCAGCUACAACUUCUGCCGCGUCUUCGCCACGUGGCUCCAGGGCUUCAUCACCUUCAGCGGCCUCUUCGGAGGAGGAACCUCGCAGGUUACCGGCACUUUCAUCUUCGGAUCCAUCCUUGUGACCGCCGCCAGCAUCCUCUACAAGUCCAAGUCGAACCUUCCCUGCGUCCCCGAGCCCAAGAUGGAGAGUGAGAUGCAGGUGGAGGGCUUGAGGGGAGGGCAUCCCCACGUUUGA